CACGGCCAGCUUUUUUUUCUUUGCCUUGUCUGCUUUUCCCAACGCUCCUUUUUCUACUCGACUCGACUAUUGUCGCCAAUCCUCCGCUUGCCACCUCACCCAACGCCUUCUCUGGCCCCAUCAGGUUUUGCAUUAGCACCUAAUUCUCAGAGUCGUUGGCGACGGGUUGCGUUGCGUGCGUGUGCGUUGUGUGUGCGCGCGCGCUGUGCUAGUUUUGUUCUUUUCGUUUGGAAGAAGAAAUUCGACGGUCACUCGAUUGAAGGCCUGCCUGCCUGCCACGCCUUUCUGGGUCCCUCCUAUUCAUUCAUUGCUUGACGUUCCAAGCCUGAAAUUCCGACUUCCGACUGGCCCUGCUACAAACCCAGCUUUUGGAGCUUCGUCCUGCCAACGUUGUCGUUUUGGUCAAUUUCAUAACCUCCCUUAGCCUUGCGCAUUGGCAUUGUUUGGUGUUUGGACGCUUUUAUUUAGUCACCCGACCGGACCUUGUUUAAAUCAGCAGAAAGAGGCUUGCGUACAUCUCGAGCGACCUUGAACAAGAACACCGGACCUGCCCACUCGGUAUCGAUUGCUCCGGCCGGCCAUAAUGGCAAACCCGCAAGGCAUGCAGACGCCUCUUUCGGUGGACCGAUACGUGGUCCUUCACGCCGCCACUACUUGCGACGAGCACGGAGUCUACGUGACAAAGGAUUCGGCCGAGGUUAUAGAGCUUGGUUGGAUUCUUUUGGACGCCAAGACUCUUGAGGAGCUACACCACGAGAGUGUUCUCGUCAAGCCCGUCAACACACCGAUAACUCCUCUAUGCACUAGCCUGACGACUUUGACUUGGGAGCAUGUGCGUAACGCAGGCACUUUCCGCGACGCAAUUAAUCGUUUCGACGCGUUUGCCUCGGAGCACCUGACAUCGCAGAACCUUGACUUCGUUUUUGUUACAUUUGAGGCUUGGGAUCUCCGUGUCCAGCUCCCCAGGGAAGCACGGGACAAGUCUGUGGUCCUGCCACCGUAUCUGCAACACUCCCGUACCUUCGACUUGCGAACCGAAUACCAGCGAUGGCUUCAGCACCACCCCGAGGCGCUGACGUUCGCCACAAGCACCUUGACCAACAUAUGCGCCGCGUUGGAAGUAGAGGCGGUGCAAUCGAGCGCCCCUAUAAAACACAACCUGCCUUUUCACCUUCAGGCGUUGGCUCCGGCCUCGCCGAGGCGCGCUAUGGAUGAGGCCAUCACCCUGGCCCGUGUGCUGCGUGGCCUGAUCAGGAAAUCGCAACCUUUGCAGGACCACCCGGAUGUUUUGACGAGGCCUCUCGAUGCUCGCGCUGACGUCCGCGCAUUUCUUUCGGAACGGAGUAAGGUUCUGCACAUGUCAGGGCUUCCUCACGACACCACACAGUCGGAAUUGGAGAGCUGGUUCACCCAAUUUGGCGGACGUCCCAUUGCUUUCUGGACACUGCGAACUCCCGAACAACACAAGCCUACUGGCACGGGAUUCGCCGUUUUCUCUUCCCAUGAAGAGGCCGCCGAAAGUCUCUGCAUGAAUGGCAGAGCUCUGAACGAAAAGGCCAUCGAGGUGUCGCCCUCUUCCAGCCGUGUACUGGACCGCGCGGCGGAGAUUCUCACACCCUUCCCACCCAGUAAGAACCGGCCGCGUCCUGGCGACUGGACUUGCCCGUCCUGCGGCUUCUCUAACUUCCAACGACGGACGGCUUGCUUCCGGUGCUCGUACCCGGCCGGUAACAAUGGACCCGCAGGUGGUGACAUGGGCUAUGGAUAUGGAGGAGGAGGUGGUGGUGGUUAUGGCCCUCCGGCUCUGAUGCCACCGCCUCAGCACCAUGUUGGUCACCACGGGCCUAUGCAUGGAGGUGGUCGUAUGGGUGGCGGUGGUGGCGUCGUUCCCUUCCGUGCAGGUGACUGGAAGUGUGGCAACGAAAUUUGCGGAUACCACAACUUCGCCAAGAACGUCUGCUGUCUGCGAUGUGGUGCAAGCCGUGCCACCGCUGCCGUUGUCGGUGACUCGGGCUACCCUUCGCCCAUGGUCGAACCGCCCUCAAACUACAUGAGCCCUGCCUCCAUGGGAGGUCCUACUCCUGGUGGCCCAGGCCCUUUCUCAGGUGGUGGUGCUGGGUAUCAGUCUGGCGGUAACUACGGUCAACCAUAUGGUGGCCCGCCUAGCACAUACGCUCUUCCAUCUGGCCUCGCUGGCGGUGGUGCUCCGUAUCCCUCCCUGAACACGCAUUUUGCCCCUGCUCCUGGCAUUCACUCUGCUGGACCCUUUGACAGUCGCGCUGCCGAGGCGGCAUUCCAGUCAGCUUCCAACGGGCCUGCCUCUGCGGGUCCUGGUCCUUCAAGCUUUUACGGCCAUAACGAGAACGAUCCCUUUGCCUUCCUGUCAUCCGGAAUGGGCAGCCUGAGCGUCAACGCAAACGACUCGAGACAGAAUGGAAGCGGUGCGCCUCCAAGCAAGUCGCCCGCGUAAGAUGAAUAUUCCCCGAGUUUCCCAAGCAGGAUAUGAAUUUUGGGAACGGUCUUACUUAAUCUGCCACACAACAAACAAGCCCAGAGUUCUUCCACGACCAUGCGAUGCAUCUCUUGAUCGAGCCAGGGAGCUUCGUUUAUACACUUUUCUUCUCACAUUGUUUUGUAUCUUGUCCUCUUCUGCUUCUCUUCACCAACUGGGGUGCAGCUACAUGGAAGCAUGCAAAGCACAUAGAAGAAGAUGCAUCUUGCGAUUUAUUUGCCUACAAAGUUUGGACCAUUUUCUUUCUACCCUCAACAGCUACAUCAGCGGGUACAAGCUUACUGCGAAGGCCGACAUCAAACUGCACUCUUAUCUACGUCAACCGUUUACUGAUUUAUUUGUCUUUUCUUCUUUUUGUUCUACACACUUACACACACGCACAUCCCCUCUCACAUAUCUCUUGAGAUCGUACAUUUCACUUGUCACACAAAGCAACAUACCGAGGGCCACAGCUUGGUGUCGGGGCGGUGAUUUUCUUGUCAUUUUGUUCUGCUGUUUCAUCAAUCUAUUGGCGAAUGAUAUCUUUGGCGGGCGGGGAGCACCGGGGCGGAGGCCGGCUGGUCGGUACUUUUUCAUAGGGUUUUGGCAUUUGCGCAAUCAGGCAUUACUCAGACAAAGGAUGGAAUGGGCGGGUAUUUUUUUGGCUGGCGUCCAUUGAGUAAAACAGACUGUGAAUUUUGUUCGGUGCUCUUGGUGGGGGGAGACGGAAAGACAAAAACAUAUCGUACAUCUCUGCAACACUGUUUCUCCAUUUACCCUGUUGCUUCACAAUCAAGGUCCCACUGCCCGUGAGAAGGGAAUAGCAGGAUGCGUGUUCUUAUAAUCGAAACAAGGGAGCGACGGAAAAGGGGCUAAAGAAAAGUUUAGGGACAGGGCCUCUUGCCACUGUCGAGGGGUUGGUUAGCAAAGGGUUCCAUGAGCCUUGUAGCUUUCAAUUUCAUGGUUUCACUCGGAGGAUCGGUUUAUUUAUGUUUCGGUCAAGAUUUCCUCGGUUAAUCCUUUAAUAUUCUUCUUGCUACUGUAAUGUUUUCAGUUUA